AUGUUGAUACUUUACUUUAAGAGAGGGGGCCUCGGCAGCGCCGAAGCCCAGCUUGUCACCUGGCACGUCGCCCAGUGGCGCCUGCUGGACAGGCUGGCCAGCCGCGCCGGGCCUGAUGCGCCGACGUUGCCCGCCUUUCUCCCCGGCAUCAUCGUCCAGGGGCACGACUGGUCGUUCGUGGCGAGCACGAGGCGCGAUGACCGUGUGACACUGUGGACCAGCCAGCACAUUGGCUCAACCGCAAAGGCCACGGGCGUCUAUCAGAUUGUAUGCGCACUACAAUAUCUCCGGGCGGCACCGUAG